UGUCUAUCCUUGUUUUUAUACGAAAUGUCUAAUUUUCACUACGAGCGGAUGGCUGCUUUAACAGUUUCAGUUUGCUGAUUGGCUAUACGCUCGUUGGACACUGUCUGUCGAUCGUCGGUAUCGAAUACCUCCACCUCCAGCGAAGCUUCUCGUUUCUGACUUAAACCUUACCAAACAUGAAAACAUACGCAAAAUGGUUAUGGAGACGCGGUCAUGGUUACAACAGGCGGUAGCUACAAUGGAGAAGUUCAUAACAGAUGCACAAGAUCUCAUCAUUCCACGCAUGGAAUGUUUUCUCUCGCCUUUCGUCGAAGUCAGUUUUUAUUGCUUUUUACGAAUGUUUUUUUACAUUGACUAUUCAGACUUUUUUUACAUACUAGUACCAUUUUUGUUGCAUUUCCUGAAACAUUUUCCCUGUCGAUUGUCCUAUUUUUUAGAAAGGAGGACUUUCUUUGAGCGUGGGUAUCAUCGGAAAUAA